GCAGUAGACACCCAGCUUGCAGCAGCAGCAGCAGCAUCCCUCCCGUGGGCAGCUCGUGAGUGUGAGUGGGACAUGCAUCCCCACGGACAGCCCUGGCACCAGAGCAGACCCGCCACAGGCAGCUGAGUGCACUCACAGGGAGCCCGCUGCAAACUUCGCUCAGAGCGCUCACUCCAUGCUGGAUUUGGGAUUUGGAUGCCUCGUGUACCCCUAGAGGAUGGUAUUGGGGUCCCCUGUCUGCCUGCAGAGUAUCGCAGCACCGCGGAGGACUUGUAAAGGUUACAUUAAGUUCUGAUUACUGAGCAGGGGUUCAGCACUCAGUGACAGGGCUGGGAGCUUUUGGGGGGCUGUGAACCCCCUUGGAAGUUGGGUGGGAGUGGGCAGAUCUUUCGGCCAUGGAGGCAGAGGGGCUCGGUACUACUGUGGAAAGCAGCAAGGAUUCUGAUCGGCAGCUCCGGCUCCGCUUGUGUGUUCUCAAUGAGAUCCUGAACACGGAGAGGGACUACGUGGGGACCCUGCACUUCCUGCAGUCGGCGUUUCUGCACAGGAUCAGACAGAAUGCUAUCGACAAGACGGAGAAAAUUUCUGAAGAACAUGUUAAGAUUUUAUUCUCCAAUAUUGAAGAUAUUCUUGAGGUCCACAAGGAAUUUCUGGAAGUGCUGGAGGUCACAUUACAGCCAGAACCACAAUCCCACCACGAGCUUGGAAAUGUUUUCCUAAAAUUUAAAGAUCGCUUCUGCGUGUACGAGGAGUAUUGCAGCAAUCACGAAAAGGCCUUGAGGCUUCUCAUGGAGUUAAACAAGAUUCCGGACGUCCGAGCGUUUCUUCUGAGCUGUAUGUUACUUGGAGGGAGGAAGACAACGGACAUUCCUUUAGAAGGCUAUUUGCUCACUCCAAUUCAGAGGAUCUGCAAGUAUCCACUUCUCCUCAAGGAGUUGGCUAAACGGACCCCGGCCAAGCACCCGGACCACCACCCGGCCCUCGGCGCUCUCCAGGCCAUGAAGACGGUCUGCACCAACAUCAAUGAAACCAAACGCCAGAUGGAAAAACUCGAGGCCCUCGAACAAUUACAAUCUCACAUCGAAGGAUGGGAGGGAUCCAAUCUGACCGACAUCUGUACGCAGCUUCUCCUACAAGGAACACUGUUGAAGAUCUCGGCCGGAAAUAUCCAGGAAAGGAUGUUUUUUCUUUUCGACAACCUUCUGGUCUACUGCAAAAGGAAGUCCAGAGUUGCGGGAAAGAAAUCGACGAAAAGAACCAAAUCUAUCAACGGUUCCUUAUACAUAUUCCGCGGGAGGAUUAACACCGAGGUUAUGGAGGUCGAGAAUGUAGAGGAUGGGACAGCCGACUAUCACAGCAACGGCUACACGGUCACCAACGGGUGGAAAAUCCACAACACCGCCAAAAACAAAUGGUUUGUGUGCAUGGCGAAGACGGCAGAGGAGAAACAAAAGUGGAUGGACGCUGUCUUAAAGGAGCGAGAGCAAAGGGAGAGUCUCAAGCUGGGAAUGGAGCGGGACGCCUAUGUGAUGAUUGCCGAGAAAGGGGAAAAGUUGUAUCACAUGGUGAGCAAGAAAGCCAACCUCAUCAAGGACCGGAGGAGAAAGUUCAGCACGAUCCCAAAGUGCUUUCAUGGCAAUGAAUUUGUCUCGUGGUUGAUGGAGAACGGAGAGAUCAGCAAAGCAGAGGAAGGCGUCAACUUGGGCCAAGCGUUGUUAGAAAAUGGCAUCAUUCAUCAUGUUUCAGACAAACACCAGUUUAAGAACGAACAAGUCCUUUACCGAUUCCGGUACGAUGAUGGGACGUACAAGGCCAGAAGUGAACUCGAAGACAUCAUGUCCAAGGGUGUGAGACUCUACUGUCGGCUGCACAGCCUUUUAACACCAGUGGUCAAAGAUCGGGAUUACCAUUUAAAGACGUAUAAAUCCGUUAUUCCCGGCAGUAAACUUGUGGAUUGGCUCAUAUCCCAGGGUGAUUGUCAGACGCGAGAGGAAGCCGUGGCCCUCGGCGUUGGCCUCUGCAACAAUGGCUUCAUGCAUCACGUCCUGGAGAAGAGCGAGUUUAAAGACGAGUCCCAGUUCUUCCGAUUUCACGCCGAUGAAGAGAUGGAGGGGACCAGCUCCAAGAACAAACAGCUGCGGAACGACUUCAGGAUCAUCGAAAACAUCUUAGCCAAGAGCCUCCUGAUUCUACCUCAAGAAGAAGAUUACGGCUUCGAUCUUGAAGAGAAGAACAAAGCGAUUGUCGUGAAAUCCGUACGGAAGGGAUCCUACGCAGAGAUGGCAGGACUGCAGGCGGGGAGGAAGAUCUACUCCAUCAACGAGGACUUGGUGUUCCUCCGACCGUUCUCCGAGGUGGAGACCAUGUUAAACCAGUCGUUCUGCUCCAGGCGACCCAUUCGGAUACUCGUUGCAACCAAGUCAAAAGAAAUUAUAAAAAUCCCAGAUUCUUCCCAAGCUCUGUGUUUCCAGAUCAGAGGCGCGUUUCCGCCGUACGUCCACGCAGUAGGAAGAGGAUCUCAGGCGGCGGCGGCAGGUCUGCACCCGGGACAAUGCGUUCUGAAGGUGAACGGGAACAAUGUGAUCCAUGACAGCUACAUCGAGGUUCUAGAGCACUUUGCAACCUAUCGCAGCAACCCUCAAAAUCCGCUGGGACUGUUCCAGUGGAUCUACAGAACACACGAAGACGCCGAAGAGGACCGGGCCCAGAAAGUGAAGUCUGACGAAUGCUUAAAUGGAGACCUUUGUGAGGACCCCAGAGCCAGCUUCUCCGUGGAAAGGAGGGACGGCACCCACGAAAACCAAACAGGUUUGAUCCAGAAAGCCUCUUCGCCGCUCAUCGAGGACGCGCCGCUCGUCAGCCUGAGCGUGGAAAACGUUCACAUGGAGCACGGAGUGGUUUACGAAUACGCCAGCACCGCGGGCAUCAAAUGCUACGUCCUCGAGAAAAUCGUGGAACCCAGAGGGUCGUUCGGAAUCACCGCAAAGAUUCUCCAGGCGUUUGUUGCCGACGACAAUCAGUUCGUGAAGAACUGCAUGAGGCUGAUCUCCAUGAGCAAGUCCGUGAUGACCAUGCCCCAGUUCGAAUUCAGAAGCAUCUGUGAUACCAAACUGGAAAACAUCUGCGAGAGGAUCAAGAGCUACCAAGAGUUUGCCGACGAACUGAAGAUGAAGGUCAGUCCCUCUUUCAAGCAAGCCACGACAGAAGCGCACCUUCUUCAGAGCAUGGAUUUCUGCCCCACGAACUGCCACAUUAACCUCAUGGAGGUGUCUUAUCCCAAAAGCACAACCUCAGUGGGAAGGUCCUUCAGCAUUCGAUUCGGGAGGAAAAAUUCAUUUUUUGGUCUUGAUCCGGAUCAAGUUGGCAAUUUAAACCCGAUGUCCUAUUCUCAACACUGCAUCGCCAGCAUGGCGGCCCCAGCUUGGAAGUGCCUGGACACAGAAGAAGGAGACGCUCUGAACAACAGCUUCUCGGGCUGCAGCUUCUCCCAGAUGAACGGCGGAGUGAGCCACAAAGAUCGGGGUCUCAGCCAUCUUCUCAACCACGAAGACAUGGAGAUACAGGACGCGUACCUGCAGCUUUUCAACAAGUUGGAUGUGGCCGUGAAAGAAAUGAAACAAUACGUCACCCAGAUUAAUAAGUUACUGUCCACCAUAACCGAGCCUUUAGCCGGGCAGUCUACGUGCGAAGCGAUGCCGCCUGGAGGGACACCGCCGUCAUCUUUGAUGACCGAGGAAGGGGACCUGGACAAAGCUGAACACGGAGGAAUAAAGAAGGUCUGCUUCAAAGUAUCGGAAGAGGAUCAGGAAGAUUCCGGCCACGACACCGUGAGUUACAGAGACUCGUACAGUGAAUGCAACAGCAAUCGGGAUUCUGUUCUGUCCUACACGAGCGUGCGAAGUAACAGCUCCUACCUGGGCAGCGACGAGAUGGGAUCCGGGGACGAGCUUCCUUGUGAUAUGAGGAUCCCAUCGGAUAAGCAGGACAAGCUCCACGGCUGCCUGGAACAUCUAUUUAACCAGGUGGAUGCCAUUAUAGCGCUCCUCAAAGGAAACGUCAUGUCCAAAGCCUUCGAGGAAACAAAGCACUUCCCGAUGGAUCACAGCCUGCAAGAAUUCCAAAAGAAAGAGGAGUGGACCAUAAAGUGCAGAAGCAUGAUCCAGAUCAGCAUUCGAGAAGAUCCUUGGAACCUCCCAAACUCCAUCAAGACUCUCGUGGAAAGCAUCCAGAAAUAUGUUGAAGAUGGGAAGAAUCAGCUUCUUCUGGCGCUGCUGAAAUGCACAGAUACUGAGCUGCAAAUAAGGCGAGAUGUCAUUUUCUGCCAGACCCUCGUCGCCGCCAUAUGCACUUUCACCGAGCAGCUGAUGGCCGCCCUCAACUACAGAUACAACAAUAAUGGAGAAUACGAGGAAAGCAGCCGAGACGCCAGCAGAAAGUGGCUGGAACAGAUAUCGGUCACCGGCGUCUUACUGAACUACCAGUCGCUUCUGUCUCCCAACGUGAAGGAAGAACGGGUGAUGCUGGAAGACAUCAAAGUGACGCUCUCAGAUCUGGACAAAGUCGUGUUUUAUUUCAAAGAGAUGGACGAGACCCUGGUGGCGAACACCUCAGUUUUCCAUCACGUGGAAGGAAGCCGACAGUCGCUGAAAGUAAUCUUUUACCUCGAUAGUUACCAUUUCUCCAAACUUCCAACCAGAUUUGAACACGGUGGAAGUCUAAAACUUCAGUCAGUGUUAUUUACAAAAGCUCUGGAGAACUUGGAAGGCCUUUCAGAGCCUGGUACCAACGUCCCGUUGGAGGAAUUACAGCAGCAAAUAAACCGAAUGUCUAUGGAAAAAGUACAGAACUACUAUCGCAAGCUCAGGGCAUUUUACCUUGAAAAGUCAACUGAUUCCAAUACCACUGCUAUUAAAAUAGAUCAGCUGAUUCGACCGAUAAAUGCAUUAGACGAACUGUGCCGGUUAAUGAAAUCCUACACUAGCCCCAAACCGCCUCAGUCGGGAUACGCUAGCGCCAAUAUCUACGGAGCAGGACUUCUACCCAUCUCCUCGGAGCUCUGCUAUCGCCUGGGAGCCUGCCAGAUCGUGAUGUGCGGCACCGGGAUGCAAAGGAGUACAUUAAGUGUGUCCCUGGAGCAGGCAGCCAUACUGGCUCGGAGCCACGGACUCCUUCCCAAGUGUAUCAUGCAGGCCACCGACAUUAUGAGAAAACAGGGUCCUCGUGUGGAAAUAUCUGCAAAAAACCUAAAAGUGAUGGAUCAAAUGCCACAGUCUGCCCCGAGACUCUACAGACUAUGUCAGCCCCCCGCAGAUGGUGAUCUAUGAACACAAACCAGUAGAUGUAUGACUCCGGUGGAGAUGAAGGACCUCCUUUUGGGUCGAAGGGACAGGAACGUUAGUGCCGUUGAAGAAGCACAAAAACUGUUUUUUCUAAACUCAAAAUCAGAGAACUAAAUAUUGUGAUCGUUGGACAGCAUUCUGCCACGAUGGCCGACGUUGUGAAAAUUCCAAGGGAUAAUUGGCCCAUCGGCUGCUUGGCCAAGUUGAG